UGCCACCAAAGUUACUCCCUAGUCCCUGCUGUCCCCUGGCCUUCUUCAGUCUGGGCUUAGCGAGGGACCCCUGCAACUCAGCGUCUCCAUCCAGAGGUGAGUGCAUCUGGAGCGGAAGGCAGGCCCCAGGACCUCCAGAGAAUUGUUCGCUGCUCCUCAGCUAAUUGUGCAUCCCAGAGUGUAUGGAGCACUGACCUGCCCAACUCCGCUAAGAUGCUGCUGGCCUCUCCCUCCACACCGUCGAGGGGACGAACCCCCAGCGCCGUAGAGAGGUUGGAGGCCGACAAAGCCAAGUACGUCAAGACGCAGCAGGUGAUAGUACGUCGUCAGGAGCCAGCCCUGCGAGGGGGGCCAGGACCGCUGACACCACACCCUUGCAAUGAGCUGGGGACCUCUGCAUCGCCCAGGACGCCUGGGCCUGCCCGUCGGGGUAGCGGCAGGCGACAGCCAAGGCCUGACUCCCUCAUCUUCUACCGCCAGAAGCGGGACUGCAAGGCUUCGGUGAACAAAGAGAACGCCAAGGGCCAGGGGCUGGUACGACGCCUCUUCCUGGGCGCCCCCCGGGAUGCUGUCCCGAGCAGCCCGAGACCUACAGAGAGACCUGCGGCUCCCGCAGCCUGGGCUGGGUCUCCGGAUGGUCCAGAGGCGACAGGGAAGAGAGCGCUAUGUCCCACGUGCUCGCUGCCUCUGUCGGAGAAGGAGCGCUUCUUCAACUAUUGCGGUCUGGAGCGCGCGCUAGUGGAGGUGCUGGGCGCCGAGCGCUUCUCCCCGCAGAGCUGGGGCGCCGAGCACAGCCCGCAGGUCGCAACGUCGCCGCCACCCGGCUCCGGGGACACCAGCGAUUGGACAUCCAGCGACGGGGACGCGGGCCACCCGGACUGUGCUGGAGGCUGCGGCGGGGGUUCGGAGGCUGCGGGGUCCGCUCGGGAUGGACGCCCUCCGGUGUCAGUGGUGGAACGCAACGCUCGCGUCAUCCAGUGGUUGUAUGGCUGUCAGCGAGCGCGCGCUCCACCGCGCGAGUCCGAGGUGUGAGCAUUACGGCACUGGAGACGGCUCCCGGAGAGCUCGCCUCGUCCGUGAAUAAACCCUUUCCCUAGAUCUCAGUUUCCCCAUCUGCACCCUGAGCAGGCAGGACCACAAGGGCCAGGCGCAGACUGCGGAAAGGGGUGGGGUGGUCACUUAGCCUCUCUGGAGGCUGAAUGUGAGCAGCGAUGGAGUGGGGUGGGAGAUGAGUGAACUACUGAAUAAAGCUAAAAUAAUCUUUA